UUCUCCGGAAAUAAUGGACAUAGAGUAGAUUGGUUAUCCGGUGAUUGGUUAUCCCUGACAUUUGUUGCCGCGUCCUGUGGUGCGUGCAAAAAAUACCUGUCAGAUUACACAUUGACAUUAAAGAUUGACCGUUCCAAGAUUGUGCGACAUUUGAUGGAACACAGAAUUAUCUGUGUUAAUAAUGACAAAUCAUAUUGAGGUUGCAUUUUGAGUCAGAUAUUUGUCAAAUUCUUUAUUGAUGCAUCAAGUCGCGCCAAUUUUGGACAUAUAUCGCAUCUAAAUAUUCAUAAAUCAUAAGUGUUUACUAAUUCGAGAAAAAUGACAACUGUAGACUAAUCUGACUGACCGGUCAUAUGUGACAUGUGACAGCUUUCACAGAGUUUCCAAUUUUGCUUUUAAUUUAAAUAUAUUAUCCGAUGGAUAGUGAUACGCAACGUGAUAUUUCUAUUGUGAAAUAUUUAACGAAACAAUUUCUUUGCUGUACCGCGAUAAUUAAAAUGAACUUCCUGCUUUCAGAUGGAAAUAAGGAUUAUCCUUUUGAUUUAGAUAUCCAAAAGCAAAUCUUAGAUAGUACAAUAAAUAGUGAUUUGAUUAAGCGAUAUCCAAUAAAAACAUCAUAUCAGAAAGCGUUUUUAAAAUUAUUUAUGGCAAAGAUAGAAGAAAGCGGUAAUGAAAUUCAUGACGACUUAUACACAACAUAUUGUAGAUUAAUAUCAUUGCAAGAUGAAGAACCUGUGCAUUACCGUCAUUUUUUAAUAGAAAAUGGAACAUUAAAUUGCAUCACAUUGAAGGAGAGUACAAAUCUAAUUUCGAAAGGAACUACAGGUUUAUGCAGCUGGCAGGGUGCUGCAGUAUUAAGUGAUUGGUGUGCAGAAAAUAUAGAACAGUUCCAUGAAAAGAAUAUAUUAGAACUUGGAUGCGGAGUUGGAUUGACUGGUAUGAGCGUUAUUAGUAUAUGCUCUCCAAAACAAUAUAUUUUCUCCGAUUGUCAUCCGAAAGUACUAGAUAUGCUCUGUAAAAAUGUAAAACUUAAUUUCCUGUUGAACAAGCAACAUAAACUAUCAAACAUGAGUGAUACAUCAUUAAGGCUAAAAUUACAAUUAAAAUAUAAACAAACUAACAUUCAAAUAAUAGAUUUGAAAUGGCAAGAUAUUAAUAAAUAUAUAACGGAGGGUUUCUCGCAGCCUGACAUAAUUAUUGCUGCCGAUAUUCUUUAUGAAAGCGAUUCGUUUGAUUCAUUGACAUUAGGAUUAAAGCAUCUUUUAACAUCAAAUAAUUAUGCUAUAUUUGCUGCCACAGUUCGCAAUGAGAACACUAUUUCGCAGUUUUUGGAGCAUUUAGGAAAUCAUAAUCUUGCUUUUGAAGAAUGUACCUCACCAAAAUGGACUGUGUCGAUACAAUCGAUUAAUUCGCCUGUUCGAAUAUUGAAGAUUUUUCGGAAAAUUUGAUAUGGAAAAUUUCAUUCCAAAUGAUUGAUAUUAUCGACUUAUUUACAAUUGGGAGAUAAUCAGACUAGGAGGGCUAUUAAACGGGUGAAUUUAUUAAUAACCUUAGCUAACUUCCUACAUAUAUAAAUAACAAAGUGUUAAAAAUAUGUAUAAAAGUAUUAAAUAUGAAAUAUAUUUUGUAUGUAUCUA